CUCUCUCUAUCUUGCACUGUCCGAGGGAGAAGCUGAGGGAGAGGGAGAGGGAGAGGGAGCUAGGGCGCCAUGGAUGGGAGGAUGGGAGGGGAGAAGGGAUUGAAGCUGUUCGGGGUAAGGAUCGUCGAUGAGGAUAGGGAGUGGAGACAGGAAGGAGGUGGAGGCGGGGAGGACGAUCCGGUGAAGCAGAGCAUGUUGAAGAGCGUGAGCAUGGUCGAUCUGGGUACGUGCGUGGUGAGGGUGGCCGGAGAGCGAAGAGCCGGCGAUCAUGAGUACUUGUCCGACGGAGGGUUGGAACAGGCUUCGAGGAGGGGAGUACAAGAAAGAAAGCGAGGAGUUCCAUGGUCCGAAGAGGAGCACCGAACAUUUUUAGCAGGAUUAGAAAAGCUUGGAAGGGGUGACUGGAGGGGAAUCUCCAGAAACUUUGUGAUGACCAGAACUCCAACCCAAGUCGCCAGCCAUGCUCAGAAGUAUUUCCUUCGACAAACCAACACCAGUAAGAAGAAGAGAAGAUCCAGCCUUUUUGAUGUUGUCAUCCAUAAAAAAUUCACAAACUCUGGCACUUCCCCAACCUCACCAUUGAAGAAGUCUGAUGAGAAUUUCAAGGUUUUUGAACGUCUAAACCCUGACAGUCAUUCCGCUGGGUAUUCAUGCAUCACCACAAUCCAAUUACCAGCGGCUAGCUGUAGUAGCACUCCAAUUCCACGCAAAACCAGUUCGACUGAAUUAGCAGCCCAAAACAUGAAGUUUAACGUUUCGGAUCAAGCAGAUCCUUCUUUUUUCAAAUUAAAUUUACCUAUUAGCCCACCAAAAAAAUUGGCCAAGUCUUCGGCCAUUGAGAAUAGUGAUCUGGAGCUCACAAUCGCGCCACCUCAAUCUCAUCAUAACCUAGCUAAGUUUUCGUCAGGCAUUAUUGGAGUUGUCUGAUUAGGUGCUUCCACAACCUGCUAAUUAAUGUUAGAGAUCUUCAGAGGAAUUAAUCUCUAAAUUUUGUAAAUGAAGAAAUGUUUCAUUUGCAGAAAAAAAGAUGUUAUAAACUUGUUUAUUAAAAUUUAUUUGCAGUAUAUACGAGACGUUUGUAGGUUGUUUUAAAACUCUGUUGGCUUUGAAAAAGUUGGGAGGGGUCUCCAUCUGUUAUAAGUUUGCUUA